UGCUACUUUGUCGAAAGCUUGCCCGACAGAGACUCUAGCGGAAGUUCACGGAACAGGGAGACAGGUUCCGUGAGAUCCGCCCGUGUUCAAGAAGCUGGGCUUCUGGCGCAUUUCAGAGAAACAGUCAGUCAUAUCAACAGCGCAAUCCAUUUAGUCCAGCCUUUCCACAUCCUGUUUUCAAUUACAGGAUGGAUCGAGCAACAGAUCAUACGUGUCCUAUCUGCUCAUUGUCUUUCUCACGCAAGAGCCACCUCCAGCGACAUUACGAUACUCACACUCCUCAUAAAGCAUGGAAAUGCGAUUUCUGCGCAUCGCGCUUCAAACGCAGCGAUGCUCUACGCAAGCACUGGAAAAGUUGCGCAUUGGGAAAGAUUUUCGGAGAAGCUACGCUGGCACAGUUACCACCGGGCAGGAAAAGGCACGCAUGUGACCGCUGCGCUGCCAAUAAACAAGGCUGUGAUCAAGGUGUUCCUUGCAGCAACUGCGUUGCAAAAACCUCUUUUUGCUCGUACGAACGAGCAUCCAGUAUUAACACUACUUGGAACAGAAACUCCAACCCCUUGGACGUUGAAACUUGGAAUUUUCGGUUUAGUCCAAUUGCACUUUGCAAUUCUCCAGCUGCCCUGUCAACCGAACACAAUGAUCAUCGACUGCACAUCCAAUACGGUGAACGCAGCGAAAACGUGCACAACAGGUCACCAAUCCAACAGGAUCAGAUUGGCUUCAUCAUCCAGCUGACAACGUGCCACGGUCUCCACCGUGUCUUUAACUACACUAGUCCGAGCGAGCAUACCCAAAACAUGCUUGAAAGCAAUAUGUUCGAUUCGCUGAUCGAUUGGCAAAUUGGCCCAUGGCGUGAAGUAGACGUAGAAACUCCCGAUGGCUCAUGUGACUCUGGCGCCAUCCCAACGGCACGAAUGGCAUCCUGGAUCUCUCACACCUUAUUCUCACAGUCCACGUCAAUAUGGAGUACCAUACAAGAGAAUCCGCUGUUCCAGUCGUCUGAUAAGAUGGACGCACAACAUUCACAGGAUCAUUCUCAUAUUGAGUUCUUCAACCCCUUCAACCUGGAGAGAUACCUUGGGCUCUUCUGGGACCGAUGGACCCCUCAUUGUCCCAUUAUCCACAAGGCGAGUCUCGAUAUAAAGGACACGCCAAUAUUCAUGCUACUCGUCAUGGUAUUGAUAGGGUGCUGUAUGUCUGACAACCCGGAAGACGUAUCAAAUGCCAGGAAAUGGCUAGAUAUCACGGAAUGGAACAUAUUCCAGCAAUUGAGCCUGUGGAGUACGCUUGAACAGUUAUAUGGGCAAGAUCCUGCAGCCUUGCUUCGCGCCAAGUUAAGGUUGCUACAAAGUGCGCUUCUCGUUUGCACGGUGCAGCAUUGGGAAGGGCUCAAAGAAAGCAAGGAAAGAAUAAAACAUGAGAAGUUUCCAGCUGUCGUUGCUGCUGCAAGGGAUAUUGGGUUUGAUCUAGCAACACACAACCGUGAUAUCAAUAUGGAUCAGAGGUACAUUGACUGGCCUCGAUAUAUACUUACUGAGGAACUCAUUCGAACUCAUACUUUAAUAUUCCUGUUCGAUCAUCAAUAUGCACUAUUCCACGGCAUACCACCUCGAACAAAGCUUGCUGAGCUGCAAAUGACUCUCCCUUCUCCCGAAUCUUGUUUCAAGGCUUCUACGGGUGAUGAAGUUUUGAUGACACUUGAAACGCUGGGGCAAUCGUCCAUUCGGAACGAGUCGGUUCGUAACCUCGUAGAGCUACUAUGCUCCGAAAAGGAAAACCCCAUCAAGCUUCAAGACAUGGCUGGUAUAUCAUUUUUAGGUCUCAUAACACUGGUGGUUGGUCAGUUCAACCUUGAAGCUUCCUGUUCGUCGCAUAACGCUAAUCCUCACUCAUUCCAGCCAUCCAAGCAGCAAUCUUAUGUCAAAAAAUGUCUCUUUGUGUCUCGCCGUCCACGAUCUCGGUAUUGCGCGGCAGCCUGAAGAGAUGGAAUACGGCUUGGGAAAGGCGGCUCACGGUGUCAACCAAUCGACUUGAAUCCUACUCAGUCAUUUUCCCCAAUGACGACCUGAGAAUGGAUGGUUGGUUUCGACACGCUCCAGAGUACUACAGGGUUGCCUCACUCAUGCUUGACAAGAUGAGCUCUGAUCUUGAAAAACCUCAAAACGGCAAAACAGUGACAUCUACUUCACCUGUUGGUCAAUUAGAGGAAGUACUACAGUUAGUCAGAUAGAGACUGUCAUUAGGGCACUACAACAACAUUGAGCAAUAAGAUUCGCCUAGAGCAUGUACACGCCUUAA